AUGUCCGACUCAGACCCUGCUCCUGACAUUGUUGCCCUGACCGCGAUGUUGGCGGCACAAAUGAAGUCCUCAGAGGAGAGGGAACGUAAAAUGGCUGACCUGUUCCAACAAACUAUACAACGACUGACACAACCAACACAACAACCCGUGCAACCCAGCACCACAUCACCAGCUCCAAAGCCUGUCUCUGCGGAGCGACCGAUUUUACUGUCGUCCUCGACAUUAGCCGACUUCACGGCAUGGCAGGAAAUGUGGCGAGACUAUUAUGAGUGCCAGCACCUGUCAGCCCAGAGCCGUGAGACCAGAGUAUCCUCGCUGCGGCAAGCUCUGGAUGAGGAGCUACGCAGAUUUCUCCGCGAGGGUAUUAUCGUGACUCCACCGAAUCCCGAUGCGGACGAUGUGAUUUCUGCAGUCAAGGAAUAUUUGCGACGGCAGCGCAACCCACUCCUGGAUCGUAUCGCAUUUUACGACAGGUGUCAGUCGAAAGGCGAGUCUUUCGAUUCUUUUUACACUUCGUUGAAAGAAUUACACACUAGCUGUGAUUUUCCGGACGUUGUUUUGUGCUCACAAUGUUCAGCACACACAUGUAGUACCUGUCGCACAAGCCUGACACGUGUGCGUGCUGACACCCUGCGUGACAGGAUUGUCAUUGGAAUUGGUGACGACGCUACCCGGCACAAGCUAUUGUCUGCCAAGGACUUGACCCUGAACGAUGCAGUCACAAUUUGCCGGGCGGAGGAAGCGGCUACCACGACGAGCAGCAGUAUCCCGUCCACCAGCCAGCUCAAUGCUGUGCGGCGGUCCGCGUACCAACGCAGUAAGCAACAAUCCCGACAGGGACAGCCUGGCAGCAAGAUGUCUGCACCUGUAUUGCCAUCUGCAUCCGCUCCCUCUUCAGGAAGCGACACACACAAGAAGUGCCCCAAUUGCGGCCGGAGCCCGCACACAAAGUCUAGUUGCCCUGCCAGCGGCAAGAAAUGUAAUGGCUGUGGCAAGACUGGUCACUUUCUCGCUAUGUGUAGGUCGUCGUUACAAUCGGACCGGAACGUGAAGCAUGUGGGCCAACUGAAGUUGCAGCGUACUCGUCUUGCUGCGCAGCCUACUGUGCGUGUGUCCACCCGUUUAGCCACUGAGGAUGAGGCAGUCACGCUACCCUGGGUCCCUGAUACUGGCAGUGACGUCGAUGCCAUUGGCGAGCAUCAUCUCGAACUGCUUGGCGGGUUCCCCGAGAACCUCGACCAUGACCCAGAAUGCGUCCUAGCGGCAUCUGGAGAGCAGUUGCAGAACGUCGGCAGUAUUCGUGCUUCACUUCAGGUUGGCGAAGUACAACACAGCACCGUAAUCCACGUGUACAAGGGUCUGGACGAUGCUCUUCUAUCACGUUCGUCCUUGAGUGCACUCCAGCUCCUCCCGUCAGAUUGGCCUGCACAGUACCCUGCUGCUAAUGCUGCCGCGCCACCUAAGAUCCGUGCUGUAUCAAAGCCUGUUGUCAAUCCUAGCUCUGCUGAUAUCGCUCGUGUUCGCGAUGAGCUAUUGCAGGAGUUCUCGGACGUGUUUUCCGACACUGGCUUGAAGGCGAUGGCAGGUCCUCCGAUGGACAUCCAACUUCAGCCAGAUGCUAAGCCGUCAUGUGUCCAUACCGCACGCCCGAUUCCGUACGCGUUUCGUGACCAGGUCAAGUCACAACUGGACACAAUGGUUGUCGAUGGCAUAAUCGAGCCUGUCAGUGAACCUAGUGAAUGGUGUCACCCGAUUGUGCUCGUCGACAAGAAAGGUACCACUGAGAAACGCCUCACCGUCGAUUUCAAACGAUUGAAUGACCAAGUCCUGAGACCAGCCCACCCUGUUCGCACCGCUCGCGAUGUGGUUUCUGGUAUUGGAUCGGCACAGUUCCUCACCAAGCUUGAUGCAAGGCACGGAUACCGGCAAAUCCCACUGAGUGAGCAGGCAUGUCCAAUGACCACAUUCAUCACCCCAUACGGCAGGUAUCGUUUCCUACGCAACCCUCAAGGCCUGAUUUCCGCCGGGGAUGUUUUCAACUGCCGCACUGAUGCUGCGUUCGAUGCAAUCCCGAAUUUCGCCAAGGUUGUAGAUGAUUGCCUGGCCUAUGAUGACGACUUUGCCUCCCAUGUCACCCAUGUUCGUGACAUCCUGCUGUGUGCUCGACAGCAUGGCAUUACUCUGAGCCCGUCCAAAUUCACCUUUGCGUCACGUCACAUCCAUUUCUGCGGCUACAUUGUCAGUCCAGACGGCUGGGUUGUUGACGAUGACAAGGCAGCGGCUAUUCGCGAUUUUGACAUUCCUGCGAACCGCACUGAUUUGCGUUCGUUUCUUGGCCUGGUGAACCAGUGUAGCGAGUUCUCACCACACCUCGCCGCCUGCACCACUCCGCUUCGUGGUCUGUUGAAGACGACCCGUGAGUUUGUCUGGGAUGCCAACCACACUGUUGCGUUCGAGAAGACCUAG